AUGCCUGAGGACGCUCCUUAUGACCCUUACAUCCCCAGCGGCCAGGCCGGCCAAGCCCAGCAGGGCGCUGGCGGAAAUGCCAGGACGCAGGCACUACAGGCACAAAUCGAUGACACCGUCGGUGUCAUGAGGGAGAACAUCAACAAGGUCUCCCAGCGUGGCGAGAGGCUCGACGCUCUCCAGGAUAAGACCGACAACCUGGCAGUCUCAGCACAGGGAUUCCGGCGGGGUGCCAACAGAGUGCGCAAGCAGAUGUGGUGGAAGGACAUGAAGAUGCGCAUGUGCCUCAUCGCCGGUAUCAUCAUCCUGAUUCUCGUCAUUGUCAUUCCGGUGGUCGUGACCAAGACCUAG